UCACUUGUCUUUGAUCCACACUCGCAGUAUCAUCCUACCUCCGCAAGCAUGAAAGUGGCACCAGUAACUAUAUGGGUGGUAGCAGCGAGCUGCAGCCUGCUGCUGGCAACGGACGCAUUCGACCCCCUCACGAAGAAAGCUUUGGCUACGAAGCUGCUCGUUGGAGGCGCAGUUGCUGGCAAGGUGGCCCUUGUUGGAGGAGCUGUCAUCGCAAAAACUUUACUCGUCAAGAAACUUCUAAAAAAUAAAAAGUUUACAGGUGGUUACAAAGGCGGCGUAUACGACAAAGAUUAUACCAGACACGCAGGAUAUCCCGCUGCACUGUACACACCAUCUUACUAUGCACAACCUGCUGCCUAUUACCCACCGGUCAAAGCAGCCUACCAACCUGCUUAUCAGCAAGCUUAUCAACCAGCUUACCAGCCGUCCUAUCCUAGUUACUCGUACCCUUCAAAGUCCUAUGCCAGUAAAGGAUAUGCUCAACCUGGCUACGGUUCACUGUACGGAUAAAAGAUUAGUAACCUCAUGUUCUGUUUCUUCUUAAUAACUUGGCGCAACUUGCAUGUUCUGGAAAGGACUGGAAAGGACUGUACAGAACUGUAAAGGACUUCCAAAGAUAAUUCAAAAUUAAUAGCCAAGCUCUCAUGGAGCGGCUAUUAUAUGUAAUUUAUUUAUUCAGUAUAUAGCCCUAUUUAGGUAAUAUUAUUAAUAUUCGUAUUUCGGUGAUAUGGAAGUCUCACACAAUUAGCCACGAAAAUGUUGAAUGUUUCACAAUGCACGAAACUUGUUAGCCAUCAUUUAGAGCAAGUUCGUGCGCAUAAUGGAAAAAAAUAUUUAUUUCUUAAACGUA